AUGCCAGCAAUUAUGUCGUGCAAAGAGACCAAAGACUCCCCUUCCGAUUGGGAGAACACACUGAUAGGUUCCUUGAUUGGCUUUGUAGCCGUGCUUUUGAUCAUCGGCGCCGCCUUUCUUUGGCGCUGGCUGGACAGGGAUACCAAGGCCACCGUUAAGGCGCAGAAGAAGCUUGAGAAGUCCACAAACAAGAAGUGGUGGACCUGGCCACUGUUCCAUCAAUGCCCUGAGUCCGAAACAAUAACAAUCACCAACACUCUCGAUGCCAAUGGCAAUCAAGUGGGCUCCAGCUCUGAAAUUCUGUCACGUCAGAUAUCCCGCCCUCGCCGUCCAGUCUACGCCGAGUGGCCAGAUUCUACGGCCGCCCCCUCAGAACACCGCAACAAGGCCUCACAUUGGGACGCUGAUGAAGCUGGGAUCCCAUUAAGAUACAUCGCGCCACCAGCCGGCUUACAUAUCCCUGCCCCACCGAAGGCCAAACUGCCUACCAACUUCCUUAACGCUGCUCCAGGAUCGACAUCCUAA